AUGGUAGAAGGCGCAGCAGAUGCGCCAGACAGGUCGCAAUGGCUUGUUAAUCUUGGAAGGGUGACGUUAUUGCUGCUUUACGUGUUGCAAGUUUGUCUUUUUGUUUCGUUUCUUGUGACACAUUUGGACCACUAUGCAUAUAUAGCGUGGUUUGUGUUGUUUAUACCGGCAUUCGUUUCGUUCUGGUACUUCCUUAAAGGCGCGAAAGUGUACGCUGACAACGACAAGGAUAUUCGAGGCGUUUGGAUUACCUGGGGACUAUACAUCGUUGCUUAUGUCGCCACCGUUGCCAUGAUUUUUGCUACAUUCGCACACGACCUUACUAAAGGUGACAUUCUUGGUAUCAACGCGCUGGUAGGUACUCUAUGUAUAACUCCAGUACUCCUAAUCCUCUUGCUACAACUCACGAUUUCCCCAUCCUACCAGAAGACUGUCUUACUGUCCACCAUAUUCGCCGCGUUGAAUCUCUUCGACGGCAUCAAAAUGUUGGAAAUAUUUCUGGCGCAAAACGAAGCGGAUUUCGAUCUGAACAUGGCAACCGAAAUAUCCAUUCUCGUCUUCGCCUGCAUUUGUUUCAUUCUCUCGCCUUUUGGAUUUGUUCGAAAUAAGUUCAUGGCUGAUGGUGUCGUGAAAGCUAGAAGGGAAACGUCCGCAGGUCUCGUUCAACUGGAAAUUAUCGGGAUUAACCUACCGUUUUUGGUUUUACGUGCCAUAAUUUGGCGCAAAUACGAAGCUGCUAUCUUUAUGGUCAAGAAUAUUGUCGCUUUAGCCUUUGGCGUAAUCGAGUUCUUAGUCCUUAAAGAGAUUUUGAUAUGUGGCGGAAAUCCACCACGUGCAUGA